AUGACGUCCAACGAUCGUCAUGCCUCACACGAUUCUCCUUAUAGGACCGGCCAACAUGUUCCCCUCAGCCAGAGCCGUGAUGCUCCUCUUACUUCAGUGGCAACCAGCGCCAUUGAGUCCCGGCCAGACCUCUCAAACUCCUUUGACGAACCACCAUCUCUCAGUCGAUCUUCAACCUCACAAAACACAAUCACCUCGCCCACGAGACCAUACUCCCCCGGAAUGCGGUCUCUAUCUUCGCAAAAACUCGAUCAGAGCUCGGAUGGUGGAGAGAUACAGAUGCAGAGCUUUCACGACGGCGCUCCUCCACCCCCUCCUGUCUCACAUUCCUGGAAGAAAAUUGAUCGAUGGGUCGAGAAAAACUACGAGGAACUCUUUGACCAGCUCUGUGAAGGAUGUACGCAGAACGAUGUCAAUGAGCUAGAACACGAGCUAGACUGCAGCUUACCGCUAGAAGUACGCGAGUCGUUGCAGGUCCACGACGGACAAGAGCGUGGUGGUCUACCCACUGGUAUCAUAUUUGGAUGUAUGCUUCUUGACUGCGAAGAAAUUGUCCAAGAGUGGAAGAACUGGAGAAUUGUCAAUGAAGAAUUCCUCAGCGGUUCAACUGUCGCUCAUCCUCAGCUUCCCUUGAAGGCUUACGGCGGCGCAACUGCCUCGUCUUCAUCCGCACCACCUCCUCCGGCCCAGCAAAAUGCAUCAAAUCCCUUGUGGAGACAGGAGCUACUCGACAGACAAGACUCUCAACCUCCUCGAGCCAUUCAGAAAGCCUAUGCUCACCCCGCAUGGAUUCCUCUUGCCAGAGACUGGGGCGGCAACAACAUUGCUAUAGACCUUGCCCCAGGACCGGCUGGAAAAUGGGGACAGGUUAUUAUCUUCGGCCGCGACUAUGACUGCAAAUACGUCAUUUCCAGGUCUUGGGCCUCGUUCCUUGCAACUCUAGCAGACGACCUCCACUCACCGCACGUUUUUGUUGACGAGGAAGGUGGUGAAUUGAAAUUGAAGCCAUUCAGACAGCAUGAGCCUCCAUACCUAGAGAUUCUCCGUUGGCGAACCGAUCAGAAAUAUGGCAGGAGACAGCCGAAGAGACGGUCUAACGGACUCGGAGUCAACACAAAUGUCAACGGAAAAACGACCAGGGAUUCCCCAUACGGUAGCCCGACUCCCAGCGAAGAUAGAGGUAGAUCCCCUCACCGAUUCCCAUCUCGCGGGCCAACUGGAAGCCCUGCAGCGGCAAUGGGAGUUUCGAGCCCGCUUGCACGCGUGACAGAGGAAACUUCCUCUCCGGUCAACUCAAAUAAUAAAAAAGAAUUAGAUCUGAAGAUCCAAAGCAGAUUAAGAAAAUCAGAUGACCUGGUUGACCUCUCUUCUCCCGUUCUACAGCAGCCAGCAGAACCCCUCCCCGCCCCCGAAACAAAGAUAGAGACAGCUCCGGAACAGACAGCAAACGGUGAAGCUUCUCCUAAAGACGAUACCUCCACCCCCGAUAAGAAUAAAUCUGCUACCUCCAAAGGCAUGGACACAGACGCAUUAGACGACAUGAAAACAGUUGAAAUUUAA